AGAACAAUCGAAAGGACGUUCACGCAUCGGCGUUUUUCGCAUAGUGUACAGCAUCAGAGGCGCGGCGCGGAACGGGACGGGGCGUAUAGGCCACUUCGCAUAGACUGCAGUAUACGUUGUCAGCGCACUCUCAUCUGGGUCAACGCAAAACACACGGCUAUGAAGGUAUCAUGGGCCUUCACGGUGGCGCUGGCGUUAGUGGCGCUUUCGGUUCUUCCAACUGUCCGUGCCGAGUGCGACGCGAAACCAAAGAAGCAAGUUAAGCCCAAGGCAAUUCCGAACCUCCUAAAAAAUUACAGGAAUGGGUGGAAACUGACGGCGGAAAUCAACAACGCGGACGAGAAAUUGACGAUAUACCUGGUCGAGUACUACGACAUGCAAACGAAGCAAGGUUUUCUGAGCUUCAAGCAAAACGGAAGUGACGACUUGAACCUGUUCUACAUCUCCGACACCUCGGAACUAUUCGUCUACCAGAAAGGUUCUUGCAAGGUCAUGGACGUGCAGAAUCCGCCCGAUCCCGUGAAAUCGCUCGUUCUUCAGUGGCGAAGCUGGCGUCAGAACUUUACAGUCCUGGGUCCCUCCGCACUUUUCGCCAGGGCCUGGAUAGCCCAGAGCAAAGAACUGUAUUACCAAGGUCCGGCUGAGCCAAUACGUGGGAUUAAGAGCUUGCAAUGGGCCGCCUGCUACCCUGGAGACGACGAGCCUACGCUGGUUUGGUUUGCAGAUUCCGAGUGGGAAAUGGGAUACGGUACGGAGAAGUCCUUGCCUCUCAGGAUUACCACAGGACCGCAAACGAUCGACAUCAUGAUGAUGCAACCUUACGUGAAGGACGACGAUGACGUACUCAAGAUACCAACGGGACUGGGCUGCAAACGCUUGGCUAAAAACCUUCCAAUGCCACCGAAUUUCUCAAACCUGGACCUUGAGUUUCACGUCGAGAUGGCUUUCACGAAUCCUACGGUGCUUGGCCCGGACCACUAUAUGUCGCAUUUAGAAGUGAUACGAGAUGACAGGGACAGUAUCUUGAGUGUAAUCGGCGCGGACUGGACGUCGGCCAAAAAGACCGUCGGAUCUUCCGUCACUAAUUUGCAGCGUAUCUACGACUACGCCAACGGUCACACCUACAGCUACGUAGAUAGCAACGGAAUGUACGGGUGCAAGGUAGAAGCGCAAGACAACGUCCGACCCGUCAUUCAACUUCCGGACAAAAAUGAGGUCAACAUGAUGGACACCAUACUACCAACGUACGACGUCCUUAAGAAAGCGAGCUACCUCGGCAUUCAAACAGUCCGUGGAAUGCCCGUGCACACCUACGAGUUGGUAACGGAUCCCAUGCCAGUGGGAGGGGCUCACCUGACGUACGCUGUCCUGAUCUACAGCUUCCUUGCGGAGGACCUAGUCAUGGACACGUCAGUCAAUCAACGGAACCUGCCGAUCCGUGUCGCCAUGUACGCCUACGUUAACAAGAUGUCUCAGCCGUACUUCUACUUCUUUGCAAACAUCCACGACAUGACGACCCAGAUGGUGAACCUGAACAAAAAGUUGAACGUGAAGAACUGCUACAACGAGAAGGACUCAGACUACACCUGGGUGCAGCUCGGCUUUCCUGUAUCAAAGAACAUGCUCUUCUUGGCGAUGAACCGUGGCAGCAUCAAGCGCACAUUCCUGGCCGAACUGCAACGCGUCACGAAACUGUCACCUCUCCGGACCCCUGACGUCAUGAUUGACUUCACCGAAAACAUGGUCUUCAUCACUGUACUCAUCCUGGGACACCCUGCAAUUUCAGCUGACUACAAGGAGAUCCAAAACAAGAAGAUCAUGGAACCGGAUUGGUCAGAAGGGGUCAUUACGCUGGACGACUGCCUCAAAACGUGUUCUUCAAGCCAAUAUAAGGAGUGCAGCGCGAUAUCUUACUGCGGGUCGUUCUGUGCCACAACGACGAAGAGAGACGUGGAGUCGAGUGGUGCACUUGAGAACUCCGUUGAGUGUAACACCUACGUGAAGACGGAGCGUUCCCUGAAAAGGAAAGUCGUCCUGACCCGCGAUGCCAUCAAGGACUUAGAAGAUGCUUUGUUGAACAGCGAGUUCAAGUUCAUCGUGCAGCACCUUGGGACAGUCAGAGUGGUGGCCACGCUCGUCGCCGAAACCAUAGAGUACUCCACCGGGGGACUGCGUGACGUCUUCGGAGAGAAGGAUCCGGCACUGAGGCACCUACAUCAAAAAGGUUUUUACCGACCGGAGGGCUUCGUCGAGUACGGCGUGGGCUCGCGGCUUACGACGAGCCAGACUUACGGCAUAUACGUGGGCUCGUUCGAGGCGCAGGACUGCGCCGACAUCUGUCGCGACCGCGAGGACUGCUUCGCCUUCUCCACAUGUCGGGUCGACAAGCAUUGCGUCAUCAGCAGCGAGGCCCGAAGACCAGCGGCACAGGACAUGGAAGUCCAGUCGGACUGUAGUGUGUUCACCAAGAGCUUCGAGAGCAGCUUCCAGGAACUUCCCGGCAUCUGCUACUCGUUCGCGGCACGCAAGUACGCCAACGUGAGCCUGCCGAGCGAGUGCGCCGCCAUGUGCCUGAACGAGAAGGAGUUCUCCUGCAAGGCGUUCGACUUCUGCACGAGGCCGCGCAAGGGCAAGCCCCAGUGCCGCCUGCAGGACAAGCACAUCCUCGAGGUCAGCGACCCGGCCGACCUCGACCGAAGCGACGCCGAGAAGUGCAGCCACUACACACGCAAGCACAUCAGCGACUACCGCAAGGAGCGCUUAGUUCGCCUUCUGGGCACGCCACGCACGGUGAUCAAGAAGCUGUCGGAGGCCGAGUGCGCGCGACAGUGUUGGGAGGCUACUUUCCGAUGCGACCGAUUCGACCACUGCGCGGGCAAGCAGGAAUUUGGAAAGGGUGACUGCCUGCUCUUCGACGGCGACAAGGGACCCUACGGGACCGCCAUGUCUCCCAUCUGCAACUCCUACACGUACACGGGAAAAUACAACGACCCGGUAGCAAGAGCGCCUCAGGCAUUCCACAGCAGUGCGAAAGCCACCGGCCUGUCUUUCUUCAUGGUAUUCCUGGGCGUCGGCAUCGCAAUCGCGGCUCUGUUCGCCUACGGCUUCUACAAGACCAGACGGGCAAGCCCACAAGAAUGAGGAAAAAUGAAUAAUAAAUAUAAUAU